UAACAAAAUACUCAUUUCACCAAAUCAAAACUUUUUUUUUUUGCUAAAGUUUCCAAACAUGGUUCUUCUAGAUAAUUCUAAUUCUCAUGUUUCUUCUACUUCCCAUUACACCCAAACACGGCCUUAUUACUAUACUCCACCACAAUCCUCCUCCAAAGUUUCAAUUGGCCGGUCCAUGCGAACUAUCCGGUCCACUCUGUACCAAACCGACUACGAAAACUCCGGUCCAGUCUAUGAGAACCUUACAGAUUCCUUUGUUGAUUUUAACCUUAACGAGCUCGCUAAAAAGCCACCGGUUAAUAAAUCCUCUUCGGAUGAAAUAGAUUUUCUGGAAAUAUCUCAAACUUUCAGUGAUUUCUCGGCGUGUAGCAGUGAUAUUUCCGGGGAAUUGAACCGUCUAGCUAACAUACCAAAUUUGGAUCCGGGUCGGACCUCCGAACCCGAAACGGAACCGGAGCCCUGCAUAGGGUUUCUAGAAAGGGAAACGUUUUCAACGGAGAUAAUAGAGAGUAUUGAGCCGGAGGAUCUUCAACCGACAGUGAAACUCUGCGUUGACAGUUUAUAUUCACCGUCAGUGGCCGUGAAAAGAUCGGCAGCGGAGAAGUUGAGGUUUUUAGCUAAAAAUCGAGCUGAUAAUCGCGCUUUAAUCGGCGAAUCCGGUGCUAUUUCAGCAUUGUUACCGCUUCUCCGAUGCUCCGAUCCGUUUACUCAGGAACACUCAGUAACGGCUCUUCUCAAUCUGUCGCUCCACGAACCAAACAAAACUUUAAUUACAAAUUCCGGUGCCAUAAAAUCUCUGAUCUAUGUUUUAAAAACCGGCACUGAAACGUCGAAACAAAAUGCUGCAUGUGCGCUGCUAAGCUUAGCUUUGAUAGAUGAGAAUAAACUGUCCAUUGGUGCUUGUGGUGCUAUUGCUCCAUUGGUUGUACUAUUAAUAAACGGUACGAAUCGGGGAAAAAAGGACGCAUUAACAACGUUAUACAAAUUAUGUACUGUGAGAUUGAAUAAAGAGCGGGCGGUGAGUGCCGGUGCUGUGAAGCCAUUGGUGGGGUUAGUGUGUGAGGAGGGCACAGGGUUAGCUGAGAAGGCUAUGGUGGUGUUAAGUAGCUUAACAGGGAUCGAGAUGGGGAAAGAAAGUAUAGUAGAGGAAGGAGGAAUUGCUGCACUUGUCGAAGUUAUUGAAGAUGGAUCUGAUAAAGGGAAGGAAUUUGCUGUAAUGACUCUUUUGCAGCUGUGUAUUGAUAGUGUAAGGAAUAGAGGGCUUCUUGUUAGGGAAGGAGGAAUUCCUCCUCUUGUUGCUUUGUCGCAGACUGGAACUGCUAAAGCUCAGCAUAAGGUGAGUUUUUUGUUUGAUGCCAUUGAAAGGAAAUUUUGAUCAAUUGCUUGUGCUUAUCGUUAGAGGAAAUACUUCCUUAUAUAUAAGCAUACAUAAAAAAAUUAGUGUUAACUUUUUAUUUCAUUUUAUAAUUGUUGCCUUUUACUUCACAUAGGAACAUUAAUAUUUGUAAUAGCAAGGAUUAAUUCAAGUUAAUAAGAUAUUAGUCAUGUAUUUAAAUACUUUACCUUGGAUGUUGUUGUAAAAAAAUGUUUAAUAAUAUGAAGAUUUGAGUGGCUUAGUUCAAAGUUCUAAAAUAUUUCUCUUAAAAAGUACAUAGUUUUUCUUUCUAUCUUUUGUUAUCUAAAUUUUGUAUUUCUUUUUACUAUCUUCAAUAAUGUUUAAGAGAAAAAAAAACUAUCUUCAAAAGUUUGGGGGCCUACAGUAAAGGUUUUACUAGCCUCACCCUUUAGCCACCCCGGCAACUAAAUGAUGCAUACCAUAAAGAGGAAAUCUUGAUCAAUUACUAGUGCUUAUUGUUUACCAUAAAGAUGGAAUCUUUAUCGAUCGUCUGUCGUUAUAUUGCCAUUGAUCAUUUGAAAUUAUAUAUAGUAUUAUGUGGGUAUACUUGUUUGACAUGAAUGGAGCAUGAUGGAUUUAAAGGAAUAGCAUAGCAGAAUCCAACUAAACCGAGAUUGAUGCAUAGUUGAGUAAUUUUUUUGGAUGGAUAAAAUGUAUCCAUUAAAUCGCCGUUGAUCUUUUUGAGUAAUAGGUUGUAUUUUAUGGGAAUACUUGUUAGAAAUGAAUAGAGUGGUAAUGGAUUCAGAGGAAUUGUACAUCCAAAUCCUACUAGUAAUUGAGAUUGAUGUGUAGUUGAUUGAUUGAUUCAGGUCUACUUUUGGGAUGGGAAAAAUAGCAGUUUAUUUGAAUAAUGGUACCAGUUUAUUAAAUUGACUAGAUAACUAAUAAUCUAAUAUUGAGAUCAAUCUUCAAAUUUAAGUUGUGAACAUUAGUAGUGAAAUAAGUCCAAGAUUUUCACUUCUGCCCAUAGUCAUGUCACAUUUAGUGUUCCCAUUUUUGGGUGUAGAUUUGGAAGAUGAACAUGGAAAAGAUGGAAAAAAUAAAAAGGAAAUUUGUAGUUGCCAUGCUCUUUAAUGAAUACUGCGUUUACUUGAAUUUGGUGCUGUCAUAUCUUGAAAAUUAGUGCUUGUAAUGAUGUAUAGAUUUUGAAUGCUAGUAGCAGUGUUGCUUUCAGUGACUGAUGUAUGAUCUAGCGUAUGCAUUUUUGGUCCAUGAAAACGGAACUUGUAGUUUUCAGAUAACUGUCUUGUUAUGGAAAGAUUUAACCUUAAUGGGGCUUUCAGAUAGCUGUCUUGUUAUGGAAAGAUUUAAUCUUAAUGGGGCUUUCAUUAUUUUUGUCAGGCGGAAACAUUACUCGCAUACUUGAGGGAACCAAGACAAGAAGCUUCUACUUCAACUCCUUAGAGAGAGGUAGCUUAGAUGGUCU